AUGGUGAGACCCCCUACACGAGGAGGAGAAGAAGAAGGAGAAGACUUGUGCAACAGAGGCGUUUUUGGCGAAAGACCCAAUUCCUUCCCAGUCCGUCGGCAUGUCCAGCUGAGAAGACGUCAAACACUGUGCAUGAAUCAGAGUCCGUCGGCAUCGACCACUGCCUGGGCUGCGAUGACGAUCCUCUCGUCCCCAAGUCAGCUAACCGCUUGUCUCCAUGUAUUUCAUGCAAGCAGCUCGGGGAGACGCGCAGCUAGGGCAAGAAAAGUUCAUGCCCUUAUUCACUCUCAUCCCGCAUCUUCGUCCAAAGCGGAAGUUCAUGCGAUGCCAUUCCCUCCCUUGCGGCAUAUGUAA